AUGAACCGGAGGUUGCAGCGUUUUAGGUCUGCGUCAGAAUGCUUUCUAUUUCUUUUAUGUCCCAGCAUCCUUGUGGUGGGAAAUGUGAUUAGUUUGCUGUCAAUUUCAGAUUUUUGGGUAGCUAAUAAAGAUGGUAUACUCAACGUUUGGUUCGUAAAACGUGGAUGGUUUUGGACGUCAGUUAUAGCUUGGUGGUGUCAAAUCAGAUAUGGUGAUUUGAGUCAUACUAAUAUUAAAAGGACGCUGAUAAGGUAUAUUCUCCUUACGGUAUGGUGGUUUACGUUUACACAGUCAGUUUGGGUGGGUGUGGCACCCAUCAUGGACCUUGUAUUUAAGCUUACAGGAGGUCAUUGUAGCUUUGAUGUUUUUGAUCAAGCUAUGGUUGUUAGUGAGAAGUUUCAAGAUUCAGAACCACGAAGGUUGGGUUCAUUGAAGAAGUUGGUAAAAUGGUUCUCUGAGAGAAGAGACGGUAAUGCUGGUAUGGGGGAGGAAACAGUCUACUGGUUAAACUGUAGGUUAGGGGAAGGCCCGUGUGAGAAUACUAGCCCUAGUAACAGUGCUAUGAAUUCUUUUAUAAGCGAGGCGUUAAACAAUGCUUACCCAAUUGAUAAUGGUCAAAUGUGUCGAAAACUUGGUGGAUAUUGGACUGGUGGACAUGACCCUAGUGGGCAUGUAUUUUUAAUUACGUUGAUGACCAUGUUCCUAAUUGGUGAAUUAAGGUUGUUCUCAGAUAAGGUUGGGAGAAGGUUAAGAAGCACCAGCUAUACAUAUUUCAGAAUGUCGUUUGCAUAUGUGAAGGAGCUUUUAAAUAACGGUCUCGUGUGGAAUUUGAUUGAUGAUGAUGAUAGCGACCAAACCCCUUUAAUACUGAAAACGCUCGUUUAUCCACCGCUAAAAUGUUUCUGGACGUUAUUUAAAAUUAUUAUUCUACUAGUAACCUAUAUUAUUUGGGAAAAUCCUGUAAUAUUUUUAAUUGGUCUUAUAUUUACAUGGUUGUGGGCCUUUUUCAUUACGUGUACCAUGUUUCACUCACUUGGUGAACAGCUUACUGGGUUAAUAGCAGCAUACAUUGUUGUUUCCUUAAUUUAUUGGUACAUUUAUUGA